GCGGGCGGCAGCGGCGCGCGCCUGUCCGAGAUGGCGCUCGUGCCGUCCGACAAGCGCCUCACCGCCUCACCGCGCAGCCCCAGCCGCCGCCGGGCGCACUUCGCCAUAGGACCGCAGCGCUCCGGGUCGACGUCGUCGCUGGUGAAGGCGGCCCUCUACCAGUCCAUGCACGGACGGUCUCAGUCUCUGCCCUUCAUACAGAGGCCCGCCCAGCGCGCCGCCAACAAGGAGAUCAACCGCCUGCGCGUGGACGCGUUGACGACCAUUCUGUCCGGACUGUACGCCAAGCUGCUCGUGGUGCUGGGCGUCGCAUUUCCUAUGGCCGAGACUAUAUCGGCGCAUGUUCCUGCUUCCUUCUAUGAGGGCUUCUACGUGUUCCUGUACGCGGGCAGCAUGCUGUUCCUGCUGCUGCUGUACUGCUGCCUGCUCAAGGAGCGGGCCCUCGACUCGGUGGUGCAGAGCCACCAGGCCGAGAGCGGCGGCCGCCGCCGCAAGAUAUCCGCCACCGCGUCGGCGCCGCGCUCCCGCUACGGCAGCUUCUACCUGCGCAUGGGCGCCGUCGCUUUCGGCAUCGGUAGCAUGAUAUAUUCUGGGCUGGAGUUUGGCCAGUUCUUCGAGUUGGAGAAGAACCCCAAAUGCUACAACGUGAUGCUGUCUGUGACGCCCAUCGCCCGAAUGAUCUUCAUCAUCAUGCAAAUGCAGUUCAUAUUCCUCAGCAACAAGCAACUUAAAGUUCGCACCUACCACGUUCCCAUGAGGUUCGGCCUGAUGCACAUGAUUGCAUGCAAUGUCUGCGUCUGGCUCAAUGUCCUCAUUCAGGAGACCAAGCACGAGAUCAUCGCACUCUACUCGACGAGUUCAGAGUUGAACUCAGUUGGAGGAGAGAUCAACGCCACAAUCACAACCACGGAGGCGUCUCCAGCUGCGCUGAACUCCACGACACAAAAUACCACCCUACUGAAUGCGACACACUCGAAUGUCGGGAGCGAAUUCGGGCGACUGAAGGGUCUUCAAGACCUGCGCGAGUGCCGGCGUUCCAACAUCAUGGGCUCGCUGGUGCAGAACGCGUCGCCCUUCCUGUUCCCGUGCACCAUCGAGUACUCCCUCAUCUGCGCCGUUAUCCUCUACGCCAUGUGGAAGGACGUCAACGCCUACUCCAGGGGCCGACAGAGCUACUCUGGUGCCUACGGCAACAAGAUCAGUACUACCAAGGCGCCGUCGGCGCUGCAGCCGGCGCUGUACCCCGGCGGGCAGUCGGGUCAGCAGAUCUCGGUGGACUGCGCGAGCGCGCACAAGGGCCUGUUCGCCGGCGUGCUGGUGCUCGUGCUCACCAUCCUGUCGCUCAUCCUGUUCUGCGUGCUGAGCCGCGACCGCGCGCUGCUCCAGAUCAACGCUUGCGAGCUCACGCUCUACUCGGCCGCCGUCAUCGCCACGCUGCUCAGCAUGUGGCGCAUGCGCCACCUAGAAUACGACACGUGCCGGCGCUUCGAGCUGGACAACAUGCUGCUGGUGACGGCACAGACGGGCCUGUACGUGUACACGCUCUUCUCCAUCAUCGCGGGCUACUUCUCGGCCGGCACAGGUGCUGACGCGGCGCCCGGCGUGGUGGUGAUGUCGGUGAGCGCGCUGCUGCAGACCACGCUGCAGACGGUGUUCAUCCUGGACGCGUGGUGGCGGCGGUGCGGCAACCCCGCGCAGGCGCGCGCCAAGCCCGGCCGCCAGCUCGUCACCUUCCUGCUGGUGACCAACAUGGCGCUCUGGGCCGUGUCGCGCCUCCAGAACUCGCGAGCGGACUUCCACCCCGUCGAGCUGCGCUUCUACGGCUUCUGGGUGUGGACCAUCAUCACGCACGUCGCCAUGCCACUGGCCGUCUUCUACCGCUUCCAUUCUACCGUCUGCCUCUGCGAGAUCUGGAAGAGCGCCUACAAGAUGAGGCUGCCGGUCAGAAAGUAAUGGCAGCGCCGGGCUCGGCUCGGUCCUCGUCAUCGUUUGAUCCGCCUCGGGUAUUUGGUCCUGGAGGUGGUGCACCAUGGUGCAACGAAGAGGAAACCGGAUCUAAUGGUCCUAAACGAACGAAGCCUUGAAUUAUGUUUUUGAAUGUUCAUAUCAGCCAUUAUUGUUUUGUGAUCAUGAGUCUGAAGACUGCUGGGGUGCAGUUUCCACGCUAGUCUACCCUGUGAUAACCUCUUCAUCUCUACAUAACUAUUAUAACCUACAUCGAUUUGCACCUGCUUACUGCAUUCAACUCUUGGUCUAACUCUACAAUUUUUACCGUCCACACUUUCUUCCAGUGCCAAAUUAUCAUGUCCUUAAUAUCUCAGACUGUGCCUUCUUUUAAUAAACUUCUUACACACUAAA